GCGGCGAGAGAGGGGAAGACAGGUUAACAGGAGCGAUGUAGAGAGAGAAACCAUCAAUCUCUCUUUCUCUAUAUAUAGAGAGAGAGAGGUUUUUGGGUGGGUUUCUUUUCGCUGCGAAGGUUCAAGAAAAGACCAAACCGUUUCUCUAAAACCUCCAUCAUCAUUUAGUUUUGUCUCAAACUUCCGAAUUUCACGUCGUUAUAUCUUUCAGAUAUAGAAAUAUAGAUAUAAAUACAGCAUUACAGAUAUACAAUUUCCAUAUGUCGCUUCAUGCACCUCCAAACCUUUCCAAAUCAAACCAUUCACAUAAUAAAACCCCCUCUUAACAUACUAGUAAUUCCAACUCUAAACCCUCCUUCUCUCUCAAGAAUUUCACAUGUUCGUGAAGCCCUUUUCUGCCGAAACCCUUUCGAAGUCAUUGGGUCUCUGAAAGUUCUUCUGGGUUUUGAUAUAUAAUCUUCUUGGGUCUUGUAUAAUUUGUGUAUAUAUCUUGAUCACAUAUAUGGGCGAUCUUCAACUUUGUUGUCGACAGCCAAACGGCCUCGUAUUGGAAGAUCACCUGUUCCCACCGUCUUUCUCGCCGCCUCCGUCGCCGUCGGCGUCAUCUAACCCCGACCCAUCGUCAGUUCAAGACGAUAGUUGGGUGGUAGCUGAAAAGACGGCCCAAGAAGUGGUGUGUUGUGUUCAAUCCACUAUAGCUUCUGAUAAGAAGAGGGACGAUGUCAUUGAAUACGUACAUAGACUAAUCAGAUGUCUUGGAUGCGUGGUCGUCCCAUAUGGAUCAGUACCACUAAAAACCUAUCUUCCUGAUGGAGACAUUGAUCUGACUGUUAUCAGCAAGCCUAAUGUUGAGGAUGCUUUAGCUAGGGAUGUAAUUGCUAUGUUGCAGGGAGAGGAGCAGAAUAAAAAUGUGGAGUAUGAAGUGAAGGAUACCCAAUUCAUCGAUGCUGAGGUUAAACUUGUGAAAUGCCUUGUAAAUAACAUGGUAAUAGAUAUCUCCUUCAAUCAGUUAGGAGGACUUCGUACACUAUGUUUUCUGGGACAGGUUGAUCGCCUUAUUGGCAAAAAUAAUCUCUUUAAGCGUAGCAUUAUUCUGAUAAAAGCUUGGUGCUACUAUGAAAGCCGUAUUCUAGGUGCUCAUCAUGGUCUAAUUUCUACAUAUGCGUUGGAAACAUUGGUCCUAUAUAUCUUCCAUGUGUUUCAUUCAUUCUUAAAUGGCCCUCUAAUGGUUCUCUAUAGAUUUUUGGAUUAUUUUAGCACAUUUGAUUGGGAGAACUAUUGUAUCAGUUUAAAUGGUGCAGUUUGCAAAGCUUCCCUGCCUGAUAUAGUUGUUGAGAUGCCAAAAAAUGGGGGUAAUAAUUGGAUGCUUAGUGAAGAGUUUCUUAGAAACUGUGUGGACGUGUUCUCAGUUCCAUCAAGUGAGACAAACUUGCGAGCAUUUCCCCAAAAACAUCUAAACAUAAUUGAUCCAUUGAGAAAAAAUAACAACCUUGGACGCAGUGUCCACAGAGGCAAUUUCUAUCGAAUAUGCAGUGCUUUCAAGUAUGGGGCUCACAAGCUUGGUCGAAUCCUUUUGUUACCAAGAGAGAGAAUCGCAGAUGAGAUCAAGAAGUUCUUUGCUCACACCCUGGCGAGGCAUGGAAGUAAAUGUGAAGCUGAUGUGCAAAAUACUGUAGUAACAGCUUGUGCUAAUGAGUCUUCCACUUUGUCAUCGUCAUUUCAUUCAGAUUCAUUUUCUGAGGAUAAGAUGCAUUUAAAAUCUUCAAAUUUUGAUAUUGGCAAUAAUAUAUCGGAGAUGGAAGAUAAACUUUCGGUGUUCAGAAAUGACCAAGACAUAAACUCCAUGGAAGUCAUUUCUACACAGGUUGUGUCAGAAACAGGAUUUUUGAUAGAUGGAACUGCUGUUUUUGGUUAUAGUUUAGAUGGGGAUGCCAGUUUGGCAAUUGCAAAUGAAACAUCCGAUUGUUCAUCUCCAGUCAGAAAUGACCAAGACAGAAACUCCAUGGAAGUCAUUUCUACACAGAUUGUGUCAGAAACAGGAUUUUUGAUAGAUGGAACUGCUGUUUUUGGAUAUAGUUUAGGUGGGGAUGCCAGUUUGGCAAUUGCAAAUGAAACAUCCGAUUGUUCAUCUCCAAGUAGCAACUUUAGUAGUUCUCUUUCUGAGCAAUUUCACUUUGUACCUUUUUUCUAUAUCUCUAGGUUUUCUACAGAAUGUAGGAAGUUCAGAAACAGGAACUUGUUCCAAGAACGUGCAACAAUUGAUGAGAGGAUGCCCUUUACUUCAAGGGUGGAACACAGAGAGAAAGACGUGGCAGUCUUUUCAUGUUAUAAUAAUCAAGCGGGUGUGAUCUCCAGUAGUCCACCAAUCUCUUGCCCGGAUGCCAAUAUCUCAGAAAGUUUGCCCCUUAAUAUUAAGGAAAGGGACUUAGUUGGCAUUGCUGGAGGUUCAGAAACUUUGAAUUCCUUGUCAGACCUCAAUGGAGAUUAUGAUAGUCACAUAAGGAGCCUGCAGUAUGGUCUGUGUUGCCAUGGAUAUGCUUUAUCAGCACCUGAACUAACUCCUCCAACUUUGCCUUCUCAGUUCCAGAGAAAGAAGCCUUGGGAUACUGUUCGUCAGUCCAUGCCACUCAUGCAGAAUUCCUUUUCUCGAACCAACACAAAUGGUGUGGUCUUGCAUGAUGUAAAGAGCCCUGUGAACCACCCCACAACAUCCAGUCUUGCUGCCUUCAGUUCAGAAGGAAAACAUAAACCACUAGGAAUUGGCACAUACUUUCCCCACAAGAACUGGCCUUCACCAGGGAGGGGAAGUAAGGGUUCAAGGAAUAUUGGUCAGUUGCAGAGACGCACAUGUAAUAAUGGCUUAGCUCCCAUUCUGUCUAAGAGAAACUCAGCUGAAGAAGGCAGUCUUGGGAGCUUAAAUUCAGAGUCCCAGGCUCCAGGCCCUGUAAAGUCGGGGAUAUCACGCGAAUCUCACAUGUUUGGUAAUUCCCAUGCCAAUGGUGUCCCUGUUUCAUCUCAAAAAUUUGAAUUUGGGUCACUUGGGCAUCUGGAAGAAGAAUACAGCACUUCUCAUAAUUGGGGCUCUACUCAAAGCCUGGCGGUACAGAGUUCAAAACCAGUCUCGGGUUGUAAUAAAAAAAAGGUUGCAGGGCAGUCGUAUCAACUUAAGAAUGAAGAUGACUUCCCCCCUUUGCCCUCUGGAUGCCAUCGGUAAGGUAAUCAAUUCAAACUAAGAAUGGAAAAAGGUCGCCGAGAUAAUAGAAUCUUCCAUGGCAACACUGUUAUGAGGCAAUAAACAAGAGAUGCUAAAAAACCAAACCAAGCUAUAGGGAGUGCAAUGUUUUCUUCUCUUUCGUAUUUCUUUUUUUUUUUUUUUU